AUGAUCUGCCUGGUCCUGACCAUCUUCGCCAACCUCUUCCCGGCGAGCUACAUCGGCGUGCACGAGCGCACCUUCGUGGCUGUGAAGCCGGACGGCGUGCAACGGCGGCUGGUGGGCGAGAUCGUGCGGCGCUUUGAGAGGAAGGGUUUCAAGCUGGUGGCGCUGAAGCUGGUGCAGGCUUCCGAGGAGCUGCUGCGCGAACACUAUGCCGAGCUGCGCGCGCGGCCCUUCUACGAGCGCCUGGUGCGCUACAUGGCCUCGGGGCCCGUGGUAGCCAUGGUGUGGCAAGGGCUGGACGUGGUGCACGCCUCACGGGCGAUCAUCGGGGACACCGACCCAGCGGACGCCGCGCCUGGCACCAUCCGCGGGGACUUCUGCGUCGAGAUCGGCAAGAACGUGAUUCACGGCAGCGACUCAGUGAAGAGCGCGCACCGCGAGAUUGCCCAGUGGUUCCACGCCCAUGAGCUGCUGGGCUGGGAGGACAGCGCCGCCCACUGGUUGUAUGAGUAA